AUGCAGCUAUCCCAUCCUCACCAAGCGCAGCGCUCGCUGAAAAGGUCAGGUUCAUGUCCGGCACUGUCCAAAACGAAGUCUCGAGCAACUCGACCACAAGAGACUCAAGCUAUUCAAGCUCAGUUCAUCUCAGCCGAGGGCAGCAACGUAUGGGCGGCAAGAAGACCUGAUGUUUGCCAGAGUCACGUUGAUUUGGGUGCAGGAAAAGUAUGGCAGUGGAGUGAGGCGAUGGCUGCACAGCCACGUGCUGUCCUUGGAGUCACAGCACUCUCGCCUCUGCAUGGCUGCAAGAGGAGUCAGCCUUUUCGCGCAUUCGGUAUGCGCGCGCCAGUUCGACAGGUUUCGUUUGGAAGGUCCUACAGCCAUUCUGACUUGAAGGAGGGGUCGGAGGCACCGAAGCUCGAAUCUCAAGGUUGGGAGCUGCUCGCGCCGAUCCUCUGCGAGAGUGCUCAGAAUGCCCAGCAAAAAGACCAAAGCUGGACACCAGGGCCAGUGCCUCCAGGGCCACAGCCUCCAGGGCCGCAAGGUCCGGUGCGGCCCGAAAGCCCAUCUGUGCCCUUGUAUACCAGGAUGCUGCCCACAACGCCUACGCCUGUCAUCCGAUCUUCAGAGCCCUCACCGUUCAGACGAGUGGAGAGUGAUGCGAUGCCACGUGCGCGAGUGGCAAUAGUGGGUGCUGGUCCAGUUGGGCUUUGGGUGGCUGUCCUGCUAGCCCGUGCACAUUCGCGGCUCUUUUUCACAUCAUCUGGCUUCCGCAUCAAGCGUCUUCCUGGAGCACCACACAUCAACGUUUAUGAGCGUCGCACUGAUGAAAGUGGUUGGGGCUCACGUCGCAUUGUCCUGGCGAUGUCCAAUGCCUCACAGGAUGUACUCAACAGUCGCAUUAUGUCCGAGAAGGAGCUGUGCGCGCAUCAUUGCUUCUCUCCCACUUGCUCCAUCAACCUUAUAGAGUCUAUACUGCGUCAGGACGGCUUGGGAACACGUGCAGCUGGUGAUGUCAGUCAGUCCACCUAUAUCCACCUAUUCAAGUCCAGUUGUUACUCAAGCAUCUCCCAAACUCAGAAGCUCAGUGUCGUGCUUGUGUGUUUGUGCUGCAGCCACUUUGGAGCCAAGCGCUGCUCGUCGUAG